UCAUUUAAUUAAAUCUGAAAUAAAACCAACAGUUAUACGAACACACCUCCAGUAUCAGAAUGUUCUAGUGAAAAAUGCAAUAUAUCGCCUAGAUUGCCUUGGGAGUAAAACGGGUAAUCAAAGAAGUUUAAUAUAUUCACCUAAUUAAUAUACCUUAAAUUAAAGCUGAUAAACUUGUUAAUCCGAGAUUAUAUAAACUAUGCGAAACACGCAAUAUCAACCAGUUGAAGAUUUUAAGUGUAAGCGAUUACGAUGACGACGUAUACGGAUAAAGGGCCUAAGCCUGAACUGGGUCGAUUUUUAAGUUUCCAUCAUGUAACCUUUUAUGUGGGAAACGCGAAACAGGCAUCCAGCUACUUUGUAACCCGUAUGGGAUUUCAACCAUUCGCUUACAAAGGAUUAGAGACCGGAAAUCGGGAGUACGCCGCGCACGCUGUCAAACAAAAUAAGAUCAUAUUCGUUUUCGUUUCGCCCUAUGAGGAAACGCAGAAAGAAAUGAACGCGCACCUCGUAAAACACGGGGAUGGCGUAAAAGACAUUAGUUUUGAAGUGGAAGACCUCGACAACAUCCUUCGGGUUGCCAAGCAAAGAGGAGCAAAAGUGGUUCGUGACAUAUGGAAAGAAUCCGAUGAGUAUGGAACCGUAAAAUUCGCCACUGUUCAAACGUAUGGAGACACCACGCACACCCUCAUCGAUAAAAGCGCGUACAAAGGCGAUUUUCUACCUUCAUAUGAGAAACUCACACCUGAUCCCGUUAACAAGCUAUUACCCACCACAAAAUUAGACUUUAUCGACCACAUCGUGGGUAACCAACCAGACUUGCACAUGGAACCAGUUGCUAAAUGGUACGAGACCAUGUUGCAGUUUCACAGGUUCUGGUCAGUGGACGACUCGCAAAUCCACACCGAAUAUUCAGCUUUAAGAUCUAUCGUUAUGGCCAACUGGGAUGAGACCAUCAAGAUGCCAAUCAAUGAGCCCGCCAAUGGUAAGAAGAAAAGUCAAAUCCAGGAAUACGUGGACUACUACGGAGGAGGUGGCGUGCAACACAUCGCCCUCAACACCCAAGAUAUCAUAACGGCAGUGAAAAACCUUCGUACUAGAGGAGUAGAGUUUCUCAAAGUCCCCGAUACUUACUACGACAUGAUCAGGGAACGUCUCAAGCACAGCAAAGUUAAAGUGGCCGAAGACAUCAGCGUGUUACAGGCGUUGCACCUUUUGAUUGACUACGACGAGAAUGGGUACUUACUGCAAAUUUUCACCAAGAACCUGCAGGAUCGGCCAACUGUAUUUUUGGAGGUUAUCCAAAGACGAAACUUUAAUGGAUUUGGCGCUGGAAAUUUCAAAACCUUGUUCACUGCUAUUGAAAUUGAUCAAGAGAGAAGAGGAAAUUUGUAAGUUGUGAAAUAAAUGUUAUUUGUUACUACGUAAAGAAUGUAUUUUUAUUUUUUUAAAUAUAUAUAUAUUUGUUACAUGAA